AUGUCGCUUGGAUUGACAUGUUACCUUGUUUUAUUCGACAAUGAGAAGCUGUACCAUGCCGCUGCUGUGCAAGUCGAGAGUCUCUUUCCCGCACCUGCGAACGGCGGCAUCGUCUAUGAGAUGGUCUACUCGGACGUGAGAGAUCAUCUGAAGUAG